AAUAUCGAGACCACAAUCGAGACUUAUUUCAAAACUGAGACAAAUGUCAAUGUCAAUGUCACAAAUCUAAUUCUAAUUUCUACCGUAAACACUGUUGUUUUGUGUGACGUGUCCCAAAUUUUAAUAAAAGAGGCCGCACCAUGAUUACCGACAUUCAGCUGGCAGUUUUCUCGAAUAUCCUUGGCGUAUCCAUAUUUCUACUCGUUAUCCUAUAUCACUACAUCAAUGCGAAUAGCAGCAAGUAAGGCAUGAGGCAUUCUGGAGUCACAAUUCAUCAUUAAUUUACCAACAAUUUAUUUAAGAAUGUAAAUAAAUUAAGUUUCCAAAUUA